ACCGGCAUAGAAUUCCACCAUAUGUUAGUGCAUGUUCAAGCAUUCAUAUAUUAUUCGUAUAUUAUUUAUAAAAUUCAAUUACAAAAAAGUCUCAUCGUUCGAAUAAUCGAUAAAUUUUCAGUAUUUCUGAAAGUCGAGUUAAGUUGCGCCUCAUAACUUGCGCAACUGCAAAACUUAGCAUCGUAGAGUGUAAUGUUAUUCUUAAUAAUCUUUGUGUGUUUCGUUGUUUGGAUACUAAUCAGAAUGGACAAUGUAUCGACCAGUACAAAUAAAAAGAAGAAAAACAGAAUGGCAAGACAACUUGCUCCAAGCACCGAACGGAAGACAUCUGGAUGCAAUUGGGAGACAUAUAAGAAUUUGUUUUCCAAGACGAAGAUGGAAGAAAGUACCAUAGAGAAAGACAUCUCACAGAAUAGGCAUCCAAAGUUAAAAAAAGUAUACACUACUCCACUUUAUAUGGAGCCACAGAAGGAAAAUGCCAAGUAUAAAGAGGACAAGAAGAAAGAGAACAAGAGUCUGACAAAACAACUCGCCAUGGAUUGUGAAAUGGUCGGAAUUGGCGAUGGCACAGAGAGCAUGAUUGCUCGAGUGUCAAUUGUAAAUAAAUAUGGCAACUGCGUAUACGACAAAUACGUUAAGCCGAGGGAGAAGGUUGUAGAUUACAGAACGGCGAUCAGUGGCAUCCGACCGGAGCACAUACAGAAUGGAGAGAGCUUCAGCGUCGUGCAGAAGGAAGUGGCGGAAAUCUUAAAGGGUUGCAUUCUAGUGGGUCACGCGUUAAAGCACGAUCUCAAAGUGCUUUACUUGUCACACCCACGAAGGUAUUGGCGGGACACCUCUAAAUAUAAACCCUUCCGUCAGAUAUCCAAGGGAAACACUCCCAGUCUGAAGAGGCUCGCGCAUGAAUUGUUAGGCAAAGAGAUACAAGUUGGCGAGCACAAUUCCGUGGAAGACGCUAGGACGGCGAUGCAAUUGUAUAUGCUGUAUAAAAAUAAGUGGGAAUCGGAAAGAAAACAUUGAUAAGUGAAUCUUUAUAGACAAUAUUAUAUUCGCAGGAAGAUUUUUCUCAAGUCUGUUACAAAGCAUUGUGUCCACAGACCGAAAAAAUUAAUAUUUUCACAUUACUUUUAUUGAUAAAUGCGCACAUUUAUUUUUUAAAUUCUGUAGCAUAUGUAACGUACUAUAUGCUUAAAAACAUUUAUCAAUAAAAGUGAUAUGGAAAUAUUAAUUAUUUGUUCCAUAUAAAAAAGAAUAUGAAAUUUUUAAAGAAUUUGAUAAUCUCUCUAGGUACACAUUUGCGAAUGAACACCGAACGAACACGAACGUUUGCAUCCUUCAUUUUUUUAUUGUAGUUCAUCACCAGCAUUCGGUUAGAUUCGGUGUUCGCUAUAUGUGAUAAAUCAAGAUUUUUUAUAUUUAUACUAUACAUUUAAAAAGAAUAAAAAAAAAUUAAUAUUCAAACAGACAAUAAUUAGAAUUGUACAAUAAACGCGUUUAGAAAUAAAUUACAUAUCCAAUAAUUCGUAACUUUUAUUAUUAAUUUUUAAGAUUUUUAUUUAGUCUCUUCCAUUGUACUUUGUUAACCAUCAAGAGAUCAACUAAUAUCGGUAUUGCUCUUAUAAGUACGAUUACGAUACGAUAGCGAUAGAAAAAAUUAUGAUUUGAAAUAGAUUUAUGAUUUAUAGUUUGAAAAACUAACAAUAUUGUACACAUGCACGAAUCGUCUUUGAUGUACCGCCUCCUAAAAGAAUUGAGUCGAACACGAAUCGAACAUUCUAUUUGUAUUUGCUUUGGCGUAUAUAUCUACUGAAUGAUAAUCUUAAAUGUUCGCGUUCACUCUUCAUUCGGGAUUUGUUCGCAAAAUGUAUACCCAGCUUUAGACAUAGCUUGCUUACAUGGAAAAACUUUAUGUAGUUUCUUAUCAAAAGAAAUAUAUUUUCAUCUUUAUUCAAUAAUAAUUCUAUUUUUAUGAAUUAAGAGGAAAAAAUAUCUAAUAAGAAAUAUAUUUUCAAACUGAGAUUUAAAAUUUUCUAUUAUUAUUAUUAUUAUCAUCAUCAUCAUCAUCAUCGCAACAAUUAUGUAUUGCUCUAAUUUAUAAUAAAUUACCAGCUGAAAUCUGUUUUGGCCCGGAAGAUUUUUAAAACAAUAAUAAUAUACAAUGGAUGAUGAGCCAAGCUGGAUUAUCAUGCUUACAUUUAUAAAUAAUACAAAUAUAAUUUUUGCUGAAAUUUAAGAUUAAAUUCUUUAAAGAUUUUAUAUUGUUUAUAUAUGAGAAAGUAAUUAUUAAUUUGAUACCUACUUUUUUGGCAUAUGUAAGAAAAGGAGAAACAAGAAGUCUAUUCUUUUUGACUAAACUUCUUGCACAAUUUAUCUUUUCUGUUUUUUUUUUCUAACGUAAAAAGAAAAAGAGGAAAGAUUAACCGUUCAAGUAGUUUAAUUAAAAUUAAUAGGCAUAAACUUUCUCGAAACUCAAGAAUAAUAUAGUGCAAAUUUCGACUAUUUGACUAUUGUAUGAUCAUAGCUAUGACCAUGUUUAACUAUAUAUGUAUAUUUAAUAAGUUGUAAUAUAUUUUAUUUUAAUUAAUAAAA